GGACGAGAGAUACACACACACAGACAGACACACACACAGACACACACACAGACACGCACACACACGCGCGCGCGCGCACGUUCACCACUGCGCAGGGCGCAUCCAAGGGAAGAAAAAAAAACUUUGCGCGGUUCAAGAGUGCUCAGCAGAAUGUAGCGAUCGCAGUCAUCAUCGGCCGAUACUGUCGACUGCGUGAGCAUUGUUUUCGUCGUCUACUCGACCAUCAUCAACAGCAUCGUCACCGACAUCGUUAGAAGUAGCAGCAGCAGCAGCAUCCACAUCGUCUUCAACGUGCUGGACUAUGGACGGCCGGCCUGACCUGCAAACUCCGGUGUCGGCCGCCGCAGCAGCAGCCGCGGCCGCCGCUGCCGGGCUGCCUUUGUCUCUCCUGAGCCGAGGCCCACCGCACAGCCUCCUGCUGAGAGCCGCCGACAAGUAUCAGCGCACGCCCAAGUGCGCCAGGUGCCGCAACCACGGCGUCGUGUCGGCGCUGAAGGGCCACAAGCGCUACUGCCGCUGGAGGGACUGCCUGUGCGCCAAGUGCACGCUCAUCGCCGAGCGCCAGCGGGUGAUGGCCGCGCAGGUGGCGCUCCGGCGUCAGCAGGCGCAGGAGGAGAGCGAGGUGCGAGAGCUGCAGCUCUUCUAUGGGCCCGCCGAGGGUCUGGCCAUCGCGGCCGCGAACGGCAUCCUGGCGCCGAGACCCGCGUACGAGCUGUUCGGGCAGCAGCAGCAACAGCAGCAGCAGCAGCAGGAUGGAGGGGUGUUGGAGCCAGACCCCAAACGUCCGAAGUCUGACCCCAGCACCGCCGCGCUCCACGGCUCGUCCCCGCGACUGGACACCCCGGCCUGCACCGACACGGACUCGGCCACGGCGUCGUCCCCUGACCUGCUCCACCCGCCCACGUCCACCCUCUCGUCCCCGGAACUGCGGCCGCCGGCGCCGGCCUCGUCAACCUCUCCACCCCCUCACCCUCCCCAACCACCUCACCACGGCCAGCCUGACGGACUCGUCGUCUCCUCGUUAGAGGCCAGACUCAUACAGGCGGCGGCGGCAGCGGCCGCGUCGUCGUCAUCGUCGUCGUCCUCCUCCUCAUCCUCCUCGCUCCUUCACCUCGUUCAGCGGCCGGCGUCCGCGUCGUCCGGGGCCGAGCGAGCGACUCCCGGGGACUCCACCCCGGCCGCCGCCUCGUCGUACCUCCCCGCUUCCUCUUCGCCGGUAAUCAUCGGCAAGGAUCUCUCCUCUGACCUCAACCGUUCACCGCUCUGCUCCGACAGCAGCGGAGGCGGAAUGGUCGUGGUCAGGGACGAGCAGGCCAUCAUGAGCCGGGCCUACCCGUGCCGUGCGUCCGCCGGCUCCUCUUCGUCCUCCUCCUCCUCGUCGUCGUCGUCGUCGUCCAACUCCGCGCCGUGCGCCGGCGGUCGCGCCCAGCUGGAGCUGCUGAGCCGCGUGUUCCCCACGCACCAGCGCGACGCGCUCGACCUGGUGCUGCAGGGCUGCGCCGGGGACGUCCUGCGCGCCAUCGAGCAGAUCCUCAACCACCGGGACCUCGACUUCUUCAAGGGCGCCGGGGCCGGGGGGCCCUCCAACGCCGUCAACGGCGGGAUGGGCGGCGGCGGCGCCGGAAAUUUCUCGCCAUUGGCCGCCGCCGCUGCCGCCGCCGCUGCCGCGUCGGGCCAUCUGCCCGGCGGCGUGGGCACGGCCAUCCCCGUGUCCCUGCACGGCUCCCACGCGGCCAUGCUGAACGCGCACCACCAGGGGAUCGUGGCCGCGGCCGGCGGCGCGGCAAGCGGCGGGGUCGGCGGCUGCGGCGGCGGGGGCGGAGGAACGAUCGGCGGCGGCGGCGGCGGCAUGAGCUUGGGUGCCACGGCCACCUUCCCGGGGCUCAAGUCGGCCUUCUCGCCCCUGCCGUCGCGGCUGGGUCCGGACGCGUCCGCCUACUCCCUGGGGGGACCCCCGCUGGGCUUCAGCCCCCUGCGGCUGGCGUACGCGCAGGCGCAGGGCCGCGGGCUGGCCGCCGCCUUCAUGAACCCGUACUCGGCGGCGGCCGCGGCGAGCGCCCUGCUGCCCCACGUGGGACUCAGGCCGCAGCUCGAGUACCACCAGUUCCUGCCGCACGUGCAGGGCUCGGCGGCGGCGGCCGCGGCGGCCGCGGCGGCAGCGGCGGCCGCCGCGGCAGCGGUCGCCCCGCACAAGGAGGGGGGCGGCUACGUGAACGGACUGCACGCCGCGCUAGCCGCGAGCCAUCAGCCGCCCAAGCAGUAGCGGCGGCGGCGGUGGUGGGCAGCGGCCGUGCUGCAACCUUCACCCCCUACCCCGUCGCCCCAUAGUUCGUCGUGAAACUCGGCAACGUAAAUGAAAGUGAACAUGUAGACGCAAACGUUCGUGUGUACAAAUGUGUAGCCCGAUGCUCCCUCCCCGGACCGCGCCCCCUCCACCCCGCCGUUCCCCCGCGCGCUGUGAUUGUGUUGGUUGUUUGACCAUACUUCACCGCGCUGGUCAGUACAGGAAGGUGAUAGGAGGGAGGGAUUGAGGGGUCAGCCGAGGACCGCUUGAAGCGUCAGCCCGGGUGGGGAAUCGAACCCGGGCGGCCGGGUUCUCAUGUCGAAGCUUGCUAAGCUGCUGCCCUACCGCUCCCGUCCCCAACGCGGCACGUGAACAUGGUGCGCUCGUGUUUGGUCCGGUGUCCACUUGGGUGAGUCUCAUCGGCAGCCCCAGGCCAGCUAAACAAAUGAUGUUGUGUAAACCCAGACGCGAUUGGUGUUGUCUCAACCCAGACGCGAUUGGCAAGGGCACCCCCUUAAAGGUGUGGAUUCCGUUCAGCGACAAACAUCCAAAUUGAGAUGUAUUUAUUUCAACACAACGCAGUUUUAGGAACAUAAUUAUUACGAACCAUUAGCGUUCAUUCAUCACGCAUUGCUUCCUUCUUCCUGCUCGACCUCAUAACUUUUAGACUAAACUAAAACGAAGCUCUUCUAUUUUACCAGGUACGGCCCACUGAGCUGUUUGCUGUUUUUCAGAAGCAUGUUCAUUCUAAAUGUGGAGGUAAAAACCCCCAGAGCAUUCUGGAGAAUAUCCACGCGACCAUGGUCAGAGAGAGAGAGAAAGAGACAUGCAAACUCCAAAUAUACAACAGGCGGUCAGGGUCGCGAUCGAACCCACGAACCAACUGCAUACCCGGCGAGGGAGAUAACAUCUCACGGCCACGGCGUAUUACUCAAUGCAUACAUCGUCACCACCAUCACCACCAUCAGCAACUGCCUCUCGGUCUCGCAUUGGUCUCCGACCUCUGGGUGUCACUGCUAUCUCUGGGUCGCCUCCCACCUCUUUCGUCACCGCCUCCAUCUGUGACGUCGUCGCUGUCGUCUGCCUGCAUCACAAGGGGGGGGUGUACAUUGAGAGAUCUGAGUGGCUCUGUGUUGGUGUUGUCGUUGUUGUUGUUGUCGUCGUGGUAGGUGUUAUUGUCGUGGUGGUGUUGGUUGUGAUUGUGGUUGUUGGUGGUGGUGGUGGUGAUGCGAGGCUGAUUGCGAUGUCUGAUUGUAAUGUCUGGGCCAGUUAUGUAGAAACGCACUCGAGGGCGCAUGAAUAAAUGAAUGAACGAAUGAAUGUGGAAAGGAAUGAAUUAAUGAAAGCGACGGCCCAAUUAGCGCGUGGACGAAUGGAACGGGAUACGUGGACGAACGGACGAUUGAAUGAACGUUUGCACGAAAAACGCACGAACGAAUGGAACAACGGGCAUUGCACGUGCGGGACAAAUGGGGGAAUGAAUGCUGCUGAUGCACGAACGAAUGUGCGCACGUGCACACGCGAAAGGGAAUGAUUCGCGCACACACGAGUGGGUGCACGGGCGAACGAAAUAACCGAUGGAGGAAUGAAUCGAACGCAUGGGUGAACGAAUCAUCGCGGGAACGCAGUCGCCUUCUAACAUGGACACAUACCACACACACAGCAAACGCACGUGCUUCAAUAUGCUGCGCAUAACGUUGCAAACACGUACACACAAAAGUCCCCGGCAUAACCUCAACAGACUGUGGGCGCAAGUGCUGUUAGCGAGCACCCUAUGAAGGCUGGCACGGCACAAGUGGAGGGUGGGUUGUCAGUAACACGCCCGGCCGCCUUUGUCUCUCUAUUGGCGAUGUUUACACACCGAACCAGAAACUAUAAACUAUAUAUCCACAAAUAAAUAUACAGUACAUACGCGCGCACACACAAAGAUAUACUAUAUAUACACACAUACACGUGCACACACACACAUGUUCUAUACAUAUACAUGCGCAUGCACACACACAAACAUAUACUAUAUAUACAUACAUACACUUGCACACACAUACAUAUAAUAUAUAUAUACACAUACGCGUACACACACAAACAUACCAAUUCAUAUCCUAUAUCGCAAUACACAUGUAUUCAUACUCGAGGAAUCCGAUGAGCUAUGAAGCUCAUUUUCACAAAUGUCCAGUCGGAGCAGCGGGUCAGAACGUUACAGGAACAACAACAAAACGAUGCACAUACAAACUCAUCUUUACACUAUUACACACGUGUGUGUAUAGUAUGUGUAUAUAAUUACACGCGCAUGCAUACACAUACAUACAUAGAAACAUGCACUUACUUUAUACACAAAGACAAAGACCCCCCCCCCUCCGUAUAGUCUGGACAGACUGUAGGGGCAAGUGCUGUUAGCGAGCGCCUAUGAAGCCGGCACGGCACAUGGGGUGGGUGGCCAGCACCACGCCUGGCCCCCUUUGUCUCCCCAGUGGCGAUGUUUACACAUCGCACUUGGUACUCAUUUGAGGCUGAGUCGACCGAGGGGAGGCACAUGACUGGUUCAGAUAAUCGCCACUGAUGUUGGCCGUGAGCACGAAUCGAACUCGGGUCGCCAGGUUCGGAGUGUAGUGCGAGAACCACUGCACCACUGCUCCCCAUACACACAUGUACACACAAACACACAAACACGUACACACGCAUUCCGGAUGAUUUGGGCAAAUGCGUGCGUAUAUGUAAACAUCAGCACUGGGGAGACAAAGGCGGUCGGGUGUGGUGCUGUCCUCCCAUCUUCAAAGCACUUGCCCCAUCGGCCUGUGUAAGCUACACGGGGAUAUUUGUCUUUGUACUGUGUAUACUUGACGCACAGUGUACAAUACAAAUCGUAUCUGUACAUAACAAGAGCAACAACGUCUACACUCCGAUGUGUGUUACGGGAUGUACCGCGUGUUCGUUCGGCCAUGGUGCCCGACGUUUCGGUGCCAUCGGGAACAAUUCGACACACGGUACAAACCCCUCGCUCGGCAACCCCCGAGACUCACGUCGCCAUAGCCGCAUGCGGCUCUUCGGCGACUGAUCCGUCACCUUUUCUUGCCGAGGACAACACCGUCUCGGAUUCACCGCCAGUGCGUUUGCGGCUCCUAAAAUGUCGAUGGUUUUUGUUGUUUGUUACCGAGUUCGAAAAAUAGUUUUUGGCUCGUCUCGUUAAAUCUUGACUUAAAGCUUUCGUGACUGCAGGAAUUUAUAUUAUCUGGGUCUUUCGGUAAAGUCACGUAGAUAGGCUAUUUGAUAGAUAGAUUCUUUGAAACUAUCUAUCUUUGAACCUAUCUACGUGAAUUUACCGAAAGCCCCAAAGAAUAUCUUCUCGUUAAUUUUGGCUUUUUCCGACCCCUGGAACAAAAAACGCGGACGCAUGCCCGAGACGAACUGCGUAGCCAAAUGAACACUCCGCACAACACGGGGACACGCGCGCUCGACGGAACGCACGCACGAGACGACGCUUUGGGGCAAGAGGAGCCGCACAGCAUCACGCACGAUAGGGGGACGGCUGCGUGGGGGAGACCUCGACACUUGGUGGGUGCAUUUGUAUCGGAACACGCAAUGGACAAUCCAUGAUUCAACCGUGAUUCGGCGUUGUCAGUGGUGCACAAUUAACACAAUUAGCACCAACUCAACAUAUCCAACUCAACAAUUUCGUCAAUUACACUUAUGUGGUUAAAACAAAAAGGACACGUGGAUAAUUAUCGGGGUAGAGUGACUCUCGCACAUCGGCCAGAGAGAUCGAGUGUCUCUACCUCUAGAGUGACUCCACCUCUCUGGCCUAUGUGCUGUGAAUAAGGGUCAUUACCCGAAACGUCGCCUCCUAUAUAAUUUGUUUUAUUUUAUGUUGAACUCGACAAUGUUGGCGACGAAAGUUUCCUAUAAAUUGAUGUGCGUCAAUAACAACGCAGUGUGUGGCCUUACAAGGAAUAUAUAAAUAAUAGACGACGUUUCGGGCAAUUGCCAUUUUCCAUAGGUGCUAUGAAGAGGGGCCAUUGUCUGAUGGAAAUAUACAAUAGGCGACGUUUCGGGUAACGGCCCUUUUCCAUAGGUGCUAUGGAGAAGGGAAAUAUACUUUUUUCUUUUCAAGGUCACAAGUAUCAAUGCCACCGAGUUGUCGUACAUCUUGCCAUGUGUGUAGAUGAAGAGAGACACCACAUCCGAACAGUGCCCGGUUGCUUCAACAGCACAGAGCAGCGCGCGCCGCGCGAACAGAAAGACGCUGCGAUCCCGUCGCAUUGCGCGACACCGGCACCGGUCCCCGUUGCCCGUCGCUUGGGCACCGGCGCUCAGUUGUAUUUGGUGGCGAUUUAAGACGAGGUGACCAACAACGCAGUUCUUCAGGAACUGGUGGUUUUGCGUCGCGCGCAAGGUUGUACGUUGUUGCGUGUUGCUGACAUCACGUGUGUGUGUGGGCUGGUGGAUGUGAUGCGUGUACGCGUGCAGGGUGUUUGUUUGGUGAGCGUGCAUGUGGGGUGCGUGUGUAUGUGUAUGGUUCGUGUGCGGUGUGCGAGUGUGUGCGUGAGCUUGUGUUGGGGAGCGGUAGUGCGGCGGUUAGCGCUGCGCUGCGAACACGGCGACCCCGAGUUCGAUUCCCGCUCGAGGCCAGCAACAGUGACGAUUACCUGAACCGGUCCUGGGCCUCCCCUAGGUCGACUCAGUCUCAAAAUGAGUACCUGGUAUAGUGUGUAAACAUCGUCAUUGUGGACAAAAAAGCGGCCGGGCGUGGUGCUGGCCACCCACCCCCUCCAGUGCCGUGCCGGCCUGCAUCGGUGAUGCUCGCUCACAGCACUUGCCCCAGCAGUCUGCUCAAGCUAUACGGGGGAUCUUUGUUUAUGUUUUGCUUUAUGCCCGAGCCAGUCACACAAAGAGCACCACAUGGAUAUCUUACAACCCUGUUAUAAUAAAAAAAAACAUCUGAAUCAUGAAUACACUAUAUCAUAAUCUUAUUUCACGUAGCGUACAAACAUACACCACAUUCCACUUGUCUGCUGCAGGCUCGUGAACGGAGCUCCGCCACCACUUGCCAUUAUUUGUCCAGACUUUACGGCCAAUUCCUACGUCUCAGCCGGGCAUCGCAAGUCAUACACCUCGGUUUAGAUUCCCCAGUGAACGUUGAAUGUUGGUUCAACGUUCAGGUCAACGUUAGUCCAACCACAUGCCAACGUUGGCCCGACGUCACCCGAACCUUACUGGGUUCUUCGAUUCGAUUUUUUUUACUGAACGUAGCUCUGUUAUGACCGCAUCUCAUUUCCAUACCUGUCAAGCCCUUAUCAGUGCCCUACCUUAUUGCAGACCAACUCAGACCUUAUUGGUCACCCCGUGCCCUGAAAGAUCUCAACGUUCAUCCUACAAAGUCCCAUCGCAAGCGAGAAACACAAACAAAUAGACCAGCACAUUUUUGUUAGCCCGUAAUUGAAACGGCUGUACGCCGUAUGGACCUGGAAACUCAACUUCCCUGUGCAGGAAUACGGAGUAACGGGUACGGGUUAGAGACACGGUGUGUGUUUACUUCACGUGCGGCGUCUUGAAUUGGUGAACUGAGCUCACACAAAGACUCGGACCCCCCCCCCCCGUCCUCCCCCUACGAUAUCCGCACACGCUCUGGGGGGAGGGGGGGGGAGUUCCGUUCGCAAGGACCUCAAGGCGCGGCCGUCUUUGUCUCCCCAUUGUUGAUUUUGAUUACACGCACCACGACCGGAUGCGCGUGCACGGCUGAGCCGACUUGGGAACUGAGUGUCAGGGCCCGGUCCUCGCAAUCGACACUGACGUGAGCCGUGGUGGGGAAUCGAACUCGGGCGGCCGGGUCUGGAGGUCCGCUGCGCUAAGCCCUGCGCCACCGCUGCCGGACCUCCAAACACAAAGCCGUAAAGACAAAGGUCCCCCGUAAUGGAUCUACAGACUUUUGGGGGCAAGUGCUGUUAGCGAGCAUCUGCGAAGGCCGGCAGGACACA